GGUAGGAAAAUCGACAUGGCGGCCUCCAGUGCAUUUUCGACUUUCUAAACAGUCGUCGUGUAUUUUUGGUUAUUUUGAAUAGCUGGUUCGGUUCUACAUAGCAUUUAGUCACAAUUUUUUAAGGCAACAUGCCUCCAAAAUUUAAGCGUCAUUUGGAGCCCGAUGAUGUUACCGGAGCGCGUAUCCAUGAAGCCACAUCUCUCCUGGGUGCAGAUGGAGCUGAUGGUGAAGAUGAUGAUGAAGGUGAUGAGGAUUUCUUCUUAAGUGGACCCAGCAAACAUAGCCCAAUGUCAAAAACCAGCUCUAAGCUUCAUAGUGUGAAAUCGGAGGUGGAUGGCGUGAUGGGCAUUAUGAAAGAAAACAUGGUGAAGUUGUUUGAACGUGGGGACAGGCUGGAUGACCUGCAAGACAAAUCUGAUCAGUUGACAUCCAGUUCAGACAUAUUUCGCAUGAGUGCUCAAGAUCUCAAGAAGCAAAUGUGGUGGAGGGAAUGCAAGAUGAGACUAAUCCUAAUUGCUGUUAUUGUCAUCAUCAUGCUCGUCAUUAUUUUGCCAAUCAUCAUACAAGCAACAAAGAAGUCAUAACUUACAGCAGCUGUUCGGACUGCAGGUGUGACUUGGUGUAAAGCCCACGUGCUAAUGGAUGCCAUACUAUAAUUAAACACUGAGCUGCAAAAUUCGCUGCUGCGCACAGAGCCAUAAAAGAAUGACACUGUGUAGCAGGUCAAUCACAAGCAGUGUACCGUCGGGGAAUGUACCUAUGGAAUAGAUUAUUUAUUUUGUAAAAUAUGACAUUCAAACCUAUCUGGCCAUGCAAAGUUGGCUCUUUAUUUUCAUUCAAUGAAAUGAAUAUUAUACAAUGAAAUUAGCAUGGAUUGCAUUAGUAGAGUCAGCUUGUCCCGAUAUCUCAUGAAGACGAGGACCUUGAAUGUUCAUGGUUAUGAUAUAGGAUCAAGAGUGAAUAAUAAUAGAUUAUAAUCUAUUGAUAUCUAUUAUUAUAAUCUAUUAGUAUUCACUCCUGAUAGAAUUAUAGUAAAAAAAAACGUGUUCAAAAUUGGAGUUCAGUGAUUAUUGGCCAGUUGGGUUAAUGAACAGAUUGUGGUUGUUUUCCUGAGACUACUGCUGGACCCAGUGAGACUUUCCAGGGUAUGUCAAGAGUAACUGUUCAGUGUCCCGUUGGCCAUCAAAAGGAGGGAUAACCGUUGGUUUCUUUGUAGCCAGUAAUGAAAACGUGUGUUACCAGCAUAUUCCUUUGGUAUUAGGUGAACUUGGAACAGGCUCACUGGCUGUAUAAUGCAGUCUUUAUCUGAACUGUAACUUGCUCUUAUUUUUCUGUGCUAUUAUGAUUGGCCUAUGGUUUAAAUGUCAUAAAAACAUCAUCAUAUUCAUGUUGGUGGACUGUCGUAUUCAAGGUUUCCGCUGGUGGUGUUAGUGUGGUUGUGUAUGGUGGUAUGUAUGGUGCAUGGCAGUGGUGGUAAUGGUGGUGUGGUUGCAGGUUUUGCUGAAAGGCAUGCUAUAGUUCUUCUAUCUUCCCAGGAUGAAAAAACAGCACCAGUGUCAUUUAAUGUAGAAACAUUCUAGGUCGCUAUAUUUGUCGCAGGUUUAUCGAUUAAUUUUCUUAUACAACAGUUGGGUAUCAAGUUGAAAACCGUUUUUUUCUAUGGAAUUAAUUAUAAAGCUAACCACCUGCGCUAUACACUCGUGUUACAGACACGCUUUAUGACUCGUUUUUUUGCACUGAAGUAACUGAACUUCGUUACAGAUCAUGCCAUCUGUAAUAUCCUUAUAAUUUAGUUAAUAAUAAAUAUAAAAAAAUGCGAUGAGCAUUAAUAUGUGCAUCAAGCAUAGGGAGCCUUGGUGUUGUCAGAAAAUACCAUUCAGUUCAUUUCCAAUGUAACUCAAUAAGCGAGAUAUGUUGUUCCGUAUCUAUGGACUUUGUAGUAUCAGAUUUGGUGUUAAGUGGUUACCAAUGAUUAGCGAAUGAGUGUCUAUAUCUACAUAUCCACCUAUAUAUUUAUCCGGUUCCCCAGAAAUUAGAUUUCUUCUUGGCACACCCCUCUUUGGCAACUCUCCUCGCUCACUCGCUGUCGACUGCCUAUUAAAACGUAAUGAGUAGAAAAGGGCCAGGCAACACCCAUGUCCUAUGGCCCCACCCAGUAAAGCAAGAAUAUAGGGGGCCUAUAAGUGACAGAGUAAAGAUGCUCGGCAUCGUAUCGUGCGACAAAACAUAUUUGAAAAACAUGACGAGUUUUCCGUUAGUUGAAUCUAGUCGUUCGUCACGAAUUAUUCGUUGCUAGGAUGGCAUCUACUAUUUUCACCUAAGCUCUAGAAACUAACCUAGUCGAAUUAUACGGCCGUGCUGCGCACCCAGGUCUCUUGAUUAAUUUUAUGCCCAGUAAAAGUGUCAUUUCAAAAACUUGUUAAGAUUGAACGAUGAUGUUGAAUACCAUUACUUGUUAAAGUGGUUUGUAAUACAACAAGUUCACUUCCCUGCUAUUGCUAACUUAUUCCAGUAUAAUGUCUCAUGGAAAUUACUUGACAGAGAGUAUAUAUUUUUAUGGUUAGUUUUGUGUUUAGCGUGGAAAAAGAUUCUCACAUGAAUAUAUUUGAAUUUAUUUAUGCUUCUCCUUAUAAUGUAGUAAUGUACAUGAUUUAGUUACUCUUCCAGUGUUAUUGGAUUUAUAUAUUAUAAAUUGAACAUUAUUAAAGCACGGCAUAAUGUGGUUCCGAAUGUAGAGCACACGGGUACCAAUAAUAGUUUUUUGCAUCUAUUUAUAUAUUUGCUGAGUCGUUAGGUAUGCUGAUAGCAUGAAUAUAUCUCUACUCUAAUAAAAUCUAUAGUAUAGAUCUGUUCGUGCCGAUAGCAAUAGUAACACACGCUUGGUAAUGUCAUUAUCUUUGUUUAUUGUAUUGGACAAUGAUCAAAUAUAAAACAAACAACAAUGAAUAUAAAUAUGCGGAUAAAACGAAUAUAGAGCUCACAUAGUGUAUGUAUGUAUAUAGUAAUCUCAAUACUAGUUGAUCUGGUGAAUGCAAAUUGAAAUAAAACGUAGUAUAUUAUUAUUAUUAUU